AUGACAACACCUUUCCUUGACUCUCAAGGGAAUUGUAUUCCCCAAGAACAUGUACUAGGAAGCGGAAGCUCAGCACUCGUAUUACUUCAGGGUGAUAUUGCUGUGAAGGUCCCCUUGAAAUGCCUUUGGAGUGAUCCAUACGAAGUGCAAACGAAUACCGAGAAACUUAAGCACGAACAAGAAGCAUAUCGCCGCUUGCAAGACUUGCCUUAUGACGACCGCUCAAUAGGAGUUGUUCAAUGCAUUGAUAUGUUGAGCGAGUCUACACAACUUGCUUAUAUGUCUAAUGGUGAUCUUAAGUCUUAUCUUACAAGAUCCCGACCAUCCCCACAACUUCAGCUUUCAUGGUGCUAUGAGAUAACUCGAACACUCACAUUCAUCCACGAUAGGUGUAUACUUGUCACAGAUAUUGCGAGUCGGAAUUUUCUUCUGGAUUCAGACCUCUCUAUCAAGUUUUGCGACUUCUCAGAAGCAUCCAUUCUACCUUUGGACUCUGACAUGAAGACCGUAGAUGACUGUGGCUUCAACACUCAAAUUGACAUCGGUUUGCUUGGAACGGUCAUGUAUGAAAUUGUAACAGGUGAAACGAUUCAAGUUGAGCUCUUCGCAGAGCAAUCUCUUGCUGAUGGUCGACCUUGCUGGCCAAAAAGAGAAUUUUUACCUGGAACAAAUGGUGUAUGGCUUGGAGGGAUUAUCGAUGGCUGCUGGAAUGGAAAAUUUCAGACUGCUCAAAGCGUGCUUCAAGCUUUACAUAAUAUACGCGCCCCUCUUUCCAUCCAAUCAAAUGUCUAUCGACUCGGCCAAGCUAUCAGGAAUUCCAACAACAACCCUAUCAAAAACUAUCCGUUCAUGACUGUCAUUGGUGUCGUUGGCUUGUUGCUUAUUAUUGGGAGGAAGGCAGCGUCUCAAUUCAAAAAUCUUCAAUUUUGA